AUGAUACAUAAUUAUCUAUCAAGACGAUUUUAUUUCUUAUUUACUAUUUCAUUGUUAAUGUUAUCGUUGACUGAAGGCAAAGGAUUUGGAGGUGGAAGAAGUGGUGGUGGUGGUUUUAAAGUUGGUUCUAAAGGAUCAGGAACAUUUGGUGGAGCAUCAAGUUAUAGUCGAGGAAAUAGUUAUAGAUCUCCUAUGAAUCAACCUCGUUCGGGUAGUGGUUUUAAAAGUAAAGCUGUUAGUUUUGCUGCUGGAGCUGCUGGUGGUAUAGCAGCAUAUUCAUUGAUGAGAUCAAUGUCAGGUUCAUAUCAUUCUCGACCUGCUGGUUAUUAUGGUCCAGGUUAUGGAACUGGAGCAACUUGUGUAAAUAAUGAAGAUAUGAAUGGUACCGUUUUUGGACAAUUUCGUUGUCCAUUGUAUGGAUUUCCACCUGAAGCAAAACAUUGUUGUGGUGAAUAUGGAAAACAAUUUUGUUGUAUACCUGAGAGACGAAGUAGUUAUUUUACUAAAGCUUCACAUUUUGGAUGGAUUGUUAUAGUAAUAAUAAUAUUUAUUAUUGUUACACUACUUUGGAUUCGUUGUCGUCGACGUCGACAAAAAGAUGUUGUAAUGGUACCAACAGACCCACCCAUGCAUCAAGACUAUGAACCACCACCUUUUUAUCGUCCACCACCAGCACAUAAUGAAAAUCCAUAUGGCAUUCCACCACAAAAUCAAUCAGCAAAUUUUAAUCCAUAUGCACAACAAUCUCAUAUGCCAUAUCCACCUCAACAACAACCAUUUAAUCCCUAUUAA